ACUUGUGACUUUGGUGAGACCCAGAGUGACUUGUAUCUGUGGUGUGACCCAGAGUGACUUGCGACUCAGAGUGACUUGUGUCUGUGAUGUGACCCAGAGUGACCUGUGACUGUGAUGUGACCCAGAGUGACUUGUGUCUGUGGUGUGACUCAGAGUGACUUGUGUCUGUGGUGUGACCCAGAGUGACCUCUGACUCUGAGUGACUUGUGUCUGUGGAGUGACCCAGAGUGACUUGUGACUCAGAGUGACUUUUGACUGGGGUGUUACCCAGAGUGACUUGUGUGUUCUAUAGAGAUUUAUCUGAUGGUAGUUACGUGGUAUCAGUACUGAUACCUGUGGUGACUCGGAGACGUAACCUGCCGAUUGAUUCCAGAAUAACAAAGAAUCCUGUAUGCACAUGUGUAUUGUCAAACAAAUGGUGAAUUAAUUAAUUGCCACUGGAAGGAAUGAGAACAAAAUGUAGCAGUGUUAUCUGUAUGAGCCAGUGAGACUACAGUGAUUAUGUGGAUUGUUGGUAUGUUGUGUAUGUUGAUAUGAGAUGGAGAUCACUGUCAUCCUCAGCACACUGGGGAUCAAACCCAAUCAAUAGCAGGCCCACUAGGUCUGCCCCACGAUUAAAAGGUGUUUCAGUGAGUACACACCUACCUGUCUUACAGGACGACCAACGGUAACCUAGGAGAUGUCAGGCUCCUUGUUAUAGUACAUCACCAGUGUUACCUGUACAAAUGUACAGCAGGUGUUAUAUCACACCUGGAGUAUACCUGACCAGAUCCACCUGGAAUCAUAAUAUGGAAUCUGAUACUGAUAAAUACCUUGGGGUAUAAUCUUCCACUGGAGAAAUCAAUCUGAUGGGACCUUUGUAUUUCGUAUAAAUCAAGUCCAUUGGUAUUUUUUGGAUCAUUAUGAGAUUUUCAUUUGGAAUAUCAAAGGGAGCACAGUGAUUUGUACAUUUUGGCCUGAAGCCUAUGUGUUUGAAUCCAGCCUCCAUGUAGUAGGCUGUGAUGGGAGUGUUAUUAAACAUGUGUAUUGGAAAUUCCAAGCUGCUUCCGUAAAGGAGGAUUCUGUUAGUUUUUAAUCACAUGCUCAAAGUUUUGUGUGGGAUUAAAUUUGAAAAGUGGAUAUUGCUCUCAUGGGGAUGUCUUGAUCAAGGUUACAUAACCAGGAACAGCUGUUCUACUGCUGUGAUGUGAUCUUCAGGAUGAAACCGGUGAACCAGACAUAGAUCAGUGAUAUCUGAGAGGACCUACCCCAGGCAGAAGUAUCCCUGUCAAUGAUGGAGUACUACGCAGAAAGUGUCAUCACUAUUAUCUAUACCAUUGCCAUAGUGACCACGAAUACCUUGAUUUUAUUGGUCGUGGCAUGGACAGAGUCAUUCAGGAACAUGAACAAGAUAUACUUCUGUUCACUGACGCUGGCCGACCUGUGUGUGGGUGUGUUUAUCACACCGUUUGCCGUUUUCAGUACAUUCAGUAAUAACUGGAUUUAUAAUGAUGAGAAGUUCUGCCACUUCGAGGCAUAUUUGUUAGCCGUGUUCUUUAUCGCGGGUCUAUAUUCCAUGUCAUGGAUGAGUGUUGACCACUACCUAGCGGUCAGAAAGCCACAGAGACACAAAAUUGCAAUGACACCGACGAGGUCUAUGUGUUGGAUUUUCUUUGCAUGGCUGGGUGCCAUCAGUUUCUGUUGCCCGCCUUUGUUUUCGUUUGAGAGGGCCAACUUUUACCAGGAAGUGUUUAUCUGUUCCAUAGAGGCGGGGCCACACAAGCCGUACUUUGUGACUGCAGGUGUUUUGGUGAUGUUUCCGGCAGUGGUGGCACUCAUUGUCACCAAUGCAUACAUCUUCACACGUCCUUUCCAAAAAAAGCGCUACAUGUUUGAGACUAUUUUACCUGAAACAGCCUCACGGCCGGGGAAUUACUUUAUGAACUUUGUGGUGACAAUCAUUUUUUGUAUUGCGUGGUUGCCAUGGCUGAUGCUACAGUUGUAUGGGGCAUUCAUUGACCAAUACACGUCGUACCCCCAUCAUGUUCACUUCUAUCUAUUAUGGAUAGCCAUUGGUAACUCCUGUUACAAGUUCUUCGUGUACCUAGGCAUGAGCCAGGAGUUCAGGAAGGGCUUACGCCAGCUUUGUGGACACACAGACUGUCGUUGUCCUGAAUGUUCCAUUGCACAAAGUAUCAGUAUCAACUUUAUUACAGUCAAUAGCCGCAAGUGAAGACCAAGUGAAUCAAACCUGUUGGAUUUAUGUGUGUUUAUGAUUGCAGGUUAUGCCCUGAUUAAUGUCAUCUAGUCAUGAUGGUGACCUUGUAACUUUCUGUCAAUUAAUUCUGGUGAGUGGAGUGGUAUUCAGCAGAACAACAUGAAUUGUGUUGGUGCUAAACUGACAUACUGCAAACUGAAGUAAGACAAAUCGUUGUUAGGGCACACAAAUUAGGACAAGCUUCAGAUUAUACAAAUCAGAUACUUUGUUACAAAGAGCUGUGGACCCACUGCACCAAUCAGAAACUUUGUUACAAAGAGCUGUGAAUGAAUCCUUGUGUGUAACACAUAAAUAGGUCUGUUUCUAAAUUCAGACUUCAAGAAACACUGUAAUAUUGACCAAUCAAAUAUUGUGAUACAUAUGACCAUGGACACAUAGCUCAGCUUUGUUGUAUAUAAAAUAGCCAUUCCAGGUUUGUUGUCUGAGCUAUUGUGAUGUGUGAUGUCAGGUGUGUGUAAUGAAGAAUGCUGUGUGAGGUUACAGAGAUCUGUUAGUGUACGUUUGUACUGUAGCUGUGGUUAAGAGUGUCUAGCUUUAGUCCAAUCAUAUAAUAUUUAAUACAUGGUAUGGAAGCCGUUGGAGGCACUCCCAGACUAUAAGGACGAUACAUACAACAUAAUCAACAUACACACACACACUAUCAACUUUAAUAUAACAUUAAUAUCAACACAACACCAUCUUCACACCACCAUCGAACAACAUCAAUAUAUCACCAUCAACACAAUCAUCACAACACCAUCAAACAUGAACACAACUCUAACAAAACAUCACUAUUAACACAACACCACUGACAUACCAACACAUAUCCUCACAUCACCACCUACAACACAACAUCACUGACACACCAUCACACAUUCUCACAACACCAC